CCCCUGUGUGUAAGUGACCCCACACCCCCUUCCGCCCCCCACCUGAUCCCUCCUGUUGUGUCGCCACUCCAUCCCAAAGCCCCCCUCUCACCCCAUGCUUGGGACAAAGCCAGCUCACCGCCAGCCCAAUGACUGCCUGGAUCGUCCUGCCUGUCAGCCUGUCUGCCUUCUCCAUCACAGGAAUAUGGAUAGUGUAUGCCAUGGCUGUGAUGAAUCACCACGUUUGUCCUGUGGAGAACUGGUCUUACAAUGUAACGUGCACAGAGGAGCUGCCCCGACCAGGCUUCCCCAAGACAUGCUGCACCAUCCAGGACAUCCCCCUCAUCAGUAAAUGUGGCUCCUACCCUCCUGAGAGCUGCCUGUUCAGCCUGAUUGGCAACGUUGGAGCUUUCAUGGUGGUGAUGGUGUGCCUUCUGCGCUACGCCCAGGUGGUCGAGCACAGCCACCGAUGUUGGGUCAACACCAGCGCUCUGGUGUCCGGCUGCACCAACGCUGUGGGUCUGGUCAUGGUGGGCAACUUUCAGGUUGAUCAUGCCAAAUCUCUACACUAUGUGGGUGCUGGUGUGGCGUUUCCGGCGGGGCUGCUGUUUGUGUGCCUGCAGUGUGUACUCACCUACAGGGUAGCUGUAACUGCCCUAGACUACUGGAUGGCCCAUUUCCGGGUGGCGCUGGCACUGGGAGCCAUGGUCUCCCUGGUCCUCAGCGGCAUCUUCUUCAUUCACGAGAGCUUCAUCCUGCAGCAUGCGGCAGCCAUCUGCGAGUGGGUCUUCACCGUGGACAUCCUGGUCUUCUACGGCACCUUCACCUACGAGUUCGGCACCGUCACCAGUGAGACCAUGAUGGCAGGCCUGCAGCGGAGUCACCACCACGGCUCAGGUGUUAUCAUGGGCCCCAGGGCCCGGGGCUCGACUUUAGGCGGGGCGACUAAGGGCCUCAAGUCCCCCGGGGGAAGCAGCACAUCUACGCAUCUCAACUGUACACCAGAGAGCAUAGCCAUGUUGUAGCUCUGCAUCGCAGCCCAAAGGUGAGAAAUGUCACUGCAGAGGCGCCUCAUGGGCUCCCAGAGGAAGGCAAGAUGACAGAGGCAGCGCGUGGAAAGAGAGAGGAAAUUCUGAUAUCUUUAACCGUGGAACCCACACCAAGUUAUCUGAUCUGUAAUACUAUACUGUCCUUUUUCUGCUUUUUUUUUUUUUUUUUUCUUCCCCUCCCCCCAGCAUUGUUGCAAGCCCCUGCAGUCAGAUGUCCUGUCACAUUUUUCUGUAGCAAUGUUGAAAGGGGGGCCAAAUGUGUGGAGCCAGUUUGAGUCCUGAAACCAUGAAUGUUUUCUAAAAUGGUUGUUGAUUUGGGCAGUUCUUCACUAGAGUAUGUUGUCUUUCUGAAGGGGAGUUUCUUUUCUGUUUGUUUUGUUCGUUUGUUUUAAAUAACUGAGUGUCUCUGGUAUCAUGAUGGAAAAGUAAAUGACCUACACCCACGGGGUUCUUCCUCCCUCCCCCAGACACUCCUUUAUGAACUACCCAAUGCUUUUGUGUGGCCCACCUGUUUUGGCCUUUUGCUUCUUAUCUCUGUACGACACACUUUUUGAAUGAGAGAAUAAGAAUUUUGCGUUUGCGUAGUAAGUAGAAGAUACUGGAUGUUUGACAUGUGACUAGUUAACAGUUCCGUAUGUUUUACAGGCUGUAAGCAUAUGGCCUUUUUAAAUCAAUCAAGCAUAAAUGAUCCGUCAAAUGAUUUGGCAAAAAUCAUUCAUUUCACCUGACAAUUUGGUUUGAUUGCACAGAUGAUUUGAAUGCAAAUUCUAAUGGUAUUUUUGAAAUUAUUUUACAAAGUAUGUAUAUGUGUAUCUUGACCCACUACCAUUCUUGAGGUCAUAAUCCAUUUCACUGACAUGUGAGUGCAGGAUGGCUGCUCUGCUGUAAUGACUAGGACUGUGUGCAUCUCAUUCACUUUUAACUGAGAAUCUGUGAAGUUUUCUCUCAUGAUGUCAUUUCAGUAUUGUCCCACAAGUUGCAUGAGCUGAUGAUUUCUUUGUAACGUUUACUUUCAUGCUACCUUUUAUUUCACAUACUGUUAUGUCUGGUGCAAUAAUCACCAUCAAUCACCUGAUAAUUUACACUCCACUGGAGUGAAUAAUGCCUUUUUCAGUGUGUUGGAGUUGAACACAGGGCUCUUUUUGUUUAUAAAAAAAAAAGAAAAAAAAGAAAAAAAAAGUGACACUAAGACAUUUGAAGUGACCUACAUCUUAUAGUACAGUUAUAAUCCGACUAACACGUUGACAGAAUAACAUAGUUCUUGUCCACACACUGAUUUGAUUCCAGGCUGGACCUUUGGAAGCCUUAUUUCAGUUUUGAGUAUAGGUUUUCUGUUAAUCAUGAAAUGUUUUGAAGCCUUCUCAGUCGCUACAGGGGAGGUUUUGUUAACUGAGAGGGGAAUAUGAUGCUUGUAGACCUUGUGCCAUAAACCUCAUGGCAUCACAAUACAGUCUUACAUCCAGAUGAUCCCAUACAGGUUGUGGACUGAAGUGAAAGUUUGUCGUCAUAUUGAGGUUUUUGUAUAAUUUCCUGUUGCCAGUUCCUCUUAACUUAGAUGUGUGAAUUAGCUUUAACACCAGACUGCCACAAACAACCACUGCUCAAACUAAAGCUGGUGAAUGCCACCAAGUUUAGGUUACACUCAGAUUACCUUUAUGUUUAAGUGAGGGAGCUAUUUCUCCGUGAGCCGUUUGAGAAGUAUGUUUCUUAACACAGAGAUAAACACAGUAUUCUGCCCUCUGCGUAGUGUUGAUACAUUUUAAACUGUCUAACCACUGGAUGCCAGCAAUACACAUUUUUAAAAAGGUCACAUCACCUACCUCUUACCUUUUGUGGGUUUGAUGUUGUUUAAAGGGGGAAGCUACAGUUCCAACAUGUUCUCUAUCUCACAGAUGUUUGAGGUUGAGAAAAGUGUUUCAUAUGAUGGUGGCUCAGCAAUCCACAAAGAUCUGUCUUAACAAAUGUUAGCGUUUGACAGGACAGUGGAUCUGCUGGGACACAAGAUGCGUAAUCACGUGUCAGGGCAGUUUUCUUUACUUUUCGUGCAAAUCAUUGAACUUCCCAUUCUUUCUGGAACUGCAGCAAUCCUGUCUCGUUCUGCAAUCUUGCCAAAAAAGACUGGAACACGCUGGAGUUUUGAUCGGUUUUCUGUAUGGCGGCAGUAGGUGUAUGAAUUGGUAUGAGUGCACUGUUUUAGCCUUAUCCCUCGUACUGUGCCAGGGGAUCAUGUUCAGAUCUUAUCUUGUGUUCAGCUGUAGCCUGUUUCACCUUACUGUAACCUAGUCACGAGGUGUGACUACAAAUGGCAGCUUGUAUGAGCCCUCACAGCAGGGUUGGAUUUAUUCUGUAAUACCAUCUUCCACAGGCCCAAAUUUAAAGGUGGAUUUACCAACCUUUUUUUUUCCCUGUCAAAAUGUGCACUUCAGCAAGCUUUCAUAUGGUACGUUUGUUCCUGGGAGAAUCCUGCAUUACGAAAGGCUGCCUGACCUGUACAUGUGUUGAACUCGGGCAACAGCAACACAGAAACUAUAAAAAUGUAUUCGUCUCAUUUCCUCAAUUUGAAAACUAUCUAAAAGAAUGGUAAUGGAGAAGUUGGAUAAAUCCCUCAAAAAUUAGUAUUUUUUUUUUUUUUUUAUAAAUUCUGUAAAUAUUUAAUGAUUUGUCUA